UAUCGCGAGAGAUGUUCCAGAAGAUAAGCAAAAGUUCCUCAGAAAACCCUAAUCGAGACCCACGAACCAGUAAUUGUUCAUUCUGUGUAAAGCUGAGCUCUUUUUGUGAAUAACCUCUUUCAAGAAUGGCGCUUCAAGGAUUUAGCUUCUGUUGCAAUGGAAAUAUUGCUUCCAGAGAGCUUACUAGCAUGCCAUGUUCAAGUAUUAAGAGUUUUGGGACACUACAGCAUCUUUCUUCACCUUCUCCAAAGGAAUCGAAUUUUGUUUUUUCUAAAACUUUUGGAAGAGGGCAUAAAAUCCAGCUUUUUCCUGGUCAACAUCAUCUCUAUAGGCGAACUGGAAGGUCCAUAUGCUUGAAUGAAGCUUCUCAUUUGCUUUUAUUAAGACCAUGCCAAGCGAAAAGUGAUGACUCAGAGGGUAGCUUAACCGGUGAAAGCAUCAUAUUGGAUGAGCAAACUUUAGAGCGGGACCUGCAUAUUGCUAUUUCCGAAGAGAAUUAUGCUAAAGCAGCAAAAAUUAGGGACAGCCUCAAGCUUCUUCAUGAAGAUAGCAGAACAUCUGUAUUGGCAGCAAAUGCUCGAUUUUACAACUCUUUCAAGGCUGGGGAUCUAGCUACCAUGCAAACCCUUUGGGCAAAAGGGAACAACAUUUGUUGCGUGCAUCCAGGCGCAAGGGGAAUAUCUGGUUUUGAUGAUGUUAUGACUAGCUGGGAGUAUGUAUGGGCAAACUAUGAAUUUCCACUUGAAAUUGAAUUAAAAGAUGUUAAUGUUCAUGUUAGAGGGGAUGUAGGAUAUGUUACCUGUGUGGAAUUGGUUAAGACAAAAGGUAGCAGUUGGGGUGGACAGUUUGUAACCAAUCUAUUUGAGAAGAUUGAUGGUCAAUGGUUUAUCUGUAUUCACCAUGCUUCACCCAUUGAUUUGUGAAAUAUACAGAUUAUAUUCCAUUUAGAGUA